GUGGAUAUCAGGCCGGGCGAACCCGUGCACGCUCUCUUUCCCCAACAUGGCGCCCAAGGUGAAGAAGGAGGCUGCCCCUGCCAAGACGGAAGCUAAAGUCAAAGCCUUGAAGGCUAAAAAGGCUGUUUUAAAAGGUGUUCAUAGUCACAGGCAGAGGAAAAUCAGGACAACACCUACCUUCAGGAGACCAAAGACACUCAGACUGAGAAGACAACCCAAGUAUCCCAGAAAGAGUGCUCCCAGGAGGAACAAGUUGGACCAUUAUGCUAUCAUUAAAUUCCCUCUCACCACGGAGUCUGCUAUGAAGAAAAUUGAAGACAACAAUACGUUGGUUUUCAUUGUUGAUAUAAAAGCUAACAAGCACCAAAUCAAACAGGCUGUUAAGAAACUCUAUGAUAUUGAUGUAGCUAAAGUCAACACUCUUAUCAGGCCUGAUGGUGAGAAGAAAGCCUACGUCCGUCUGGCUCCAGACUAUGACGCAUUGGAUGUGGCUAAUAAGAUUGGCAUCAUCUAAACUGGUUUCAAGAAGAACUGUAUAAAUAUAAUAAAAAAUGUUGAAUUUUACUGUA